AUGUCUGAGAGAAUUUCUGCACUAUACAAGAAGUCACUACUUCCGGGCGUGUCUGAAAAAAAAUGCCUAAACAAUGGUCUGCUGCUGCUCGGCACCUGCGCAGAACAACACCUUAUCCUGACAAACACGUUCUUCUGUCUGCCGGAGCGAGAGAAGGCCACCUGGAGGCAUCCUCGGUCGCGUCAGUGGCACCUGCUGGACUAUGUCCUCGUCCGAAGGCGUGACCAGCGGUACGUGCUGGUGACGAAGGCGAUCGCGGGUGCUGACGGGUGGACCGACCAUCGCCUCGUCAUCUCGAAGAUGCGUAUUCGCCUACAGCCUCGCAGGAGACCUCAAGAUAAACGACCCCCAGGUAAGCUGAAUGUUGCCUUGUUGUCCUUGCUCGCUCACCAUCUCCAUUUCAGCAAUGAGCUAGCUCAACGACUAGACAACCUCCCCCUCGCCGAUGCCGCCGCUGCCGAAAACGCCUCCGUGGAGAACCGCUGGUGUCAACUGCGAGACACGGUCCAGUCGACGGCGCUCACCGUCCUCGGUCGCGCUCCCCGCCAACACCAGAACUGGUUCGACGACAACGGCGCCGCCAUCAGAAAUCUGCUUGCUGAGAAGAACCGCCUACACAAAGCCUACGUCGAUCACCCCACUGACGACAACAAAGCUGCUUUCUACCGCAGUCGCCGCCACCUCCAGCAGCGACUGCGCGAGAUGCAGGACGCCUGGACUGCUCGCAAAGCUGAGGAGAUCCAAGGCUACGCGGACCGCAACGAAUGGAAGAACUUCUUCUCUGCGAUCAAAACUGUCUACGGUCCGCCGACAAAGGGCACUGCGCCUUUCCUCAGCGCCGACGGCAGUACUCUCCUGACUGAGAAGACGCAAAUCGUACAGCGAUGGGCCGAGCAUUUCCGAGGCGUCCUAAACCGCCCUUCCGCCAUCUCCGACGCCGCCAUCGCGCGUUUGCCGCAAGUCGAGACCAACGCGGACCUAGACCUCCCGCCAUCUCUCCAGGAAACCAUCAGGGCCGUGCAGCAGCUCUCCAGCGGGAAAGCACCCGGAUCGGACGCAAUCCCUGCUGAGGUCUACAAGCACGGAGGUCCCCAACUCAUGGAUCACCUGACUGCGCUCUUCCAGGAGAUGUGGCGUCAAGGUGAAGUCCCGCAAGAUUUCAAGGACGCAACAAUCGUGCACCUAUACAAGCGGAAAGGGAAUCGCCAAGUCUGCGACAAUCACCGUGGCAUCUCCUUGCUGAACAUCGCCGGGAAUAUCUUCGCUCGCAUCCUUCUCAACCGCCUCAAUAACCACCUGGAACAGGGCCUUCUGCCGGAAAGCCAGUGCGGCUUCCGUCGUCAUCGUGGGACCACGGAUAUGAUCUUCGCCGCCCGCCAACUUCAAGAGAAGUGUCAGGAGAUGCGGAUCCACCUGUACUCUACCUUCGUGGACCUGACGAAAGCCUUCGACACGGUGAAUCGUGAAGGACUGUGGAAGAUUAUGCAGAAAUUCGGCUGUCCAGAGCGAUUCACUCAGAUGGCGCGUCAGCUGCACGACGGUAUGAUGGCGCGAGUCACGGACAACGGAGCUAUCUCAGAGGCAUUCGCAGUGACUAACGGAGUGAAUCAGGGAUGCGUGCUGGCACCAACCCUCUUCAGUCUUAUGUUCUCUGCCAUGCUGAUGGACGCCUACCGCGACGAACGCCCCGGGAUUCGCAUCGCCUACAGGACGGACGGUCACCUGCUGAAUCAACGGCGGAUGCACUUCCAAUCACGCGUAUCCACAACAACCGUUCACGAACUCCUCUUCGCCGACGACUGCGCCCUGAACACCACCUCAGAAGAGGAGAUGCAACGGAGCAUGGACCUGUUCUCCGCCGCCUGCGAGAACUUCGGUCUGGUCAUUAACACGCAGAAGACGGUGGUGAUGCACCAACCGCCACCCAACUCAGCCACAGCCCCAACGCGUCGCCGCAAAUCAGCGUGA